UUCAAAGCGCGUCCAUGCGGCUGUGCUGCUGCGCGCCCGGGCAGGUUUCAUGAGUCAGACUGGGCUGUUAGGAGUUUCUUCUGAAGAUGUACAUGUUGGUUGAAAACCGUACAAGUUCCCACCUUCAUCUGAAGAGGUCACCUGGCAUCCGAUCUUGGUCUCUUUUUGUUGGAAUAGCCUCCAUAGGUUUGGCUGCUGCUUAUUAUAGUGCAGACAGCUUGGCAUGGAAGCUCUUCUAUAUGGCCGGGUGUUUCUUUGUGGCAGCACAGAAUCUGGAGCAGUGGGAGGAAGCUGUAUUUGAUAAGAACAAGGGAACAGUCUGCCUAAAAACAUUCAAUCUUUACAAAAAAAUACUGACCUUCUCAAAAGGAGGCAAUGAACAAGUAGUGGCGCUACUGAAUGAGAUCCGAGACGUGAACGUGGAAGAGGAGACGGUGCGAUAUUUUGGGAAGGGUUACCUGGUUGUGCUACGAUUUGUCACUGGAUUUUCACACCCACUGACUCAGAGUGCAGUGUUGGGCUGCAGAAGUGAUGUGGAAGCAGUUGCCAAACUCAUUACUAGUUUUCUGGAACUGGACCGAGUAGACAGCCAACAAGAUCUCUCUGAGAGCAGUGAAACAGAGGCUAGUGAUGCAGAUGAACCACAGGAUAAAUAUGAAUAGUCAUCAUGAGCUGAAGAAAGCAGCGGCUUUGAACAUCUGGAAAAUAUACUGAUUGUUCUUCAGAAAAAAAAAUCCCUCACAAUCUUGACCUGGGCAUUUCUCUACACGGGCAUUUACAAUGGGAGGAAUCUGUCUUAGGGCACCUUUUUUUAGUGCUAAACAGCUUCAAGAUCCGUGCUCCCAGUGUUGCUGUUGUAGAGUCUAAAGCAA